AUACAAGUACAAUGGAUGCCAAUGAGGUUGUGUAGUGUUGCAUUUCAUCAGGUGUCCCACGUGUUGUGUACACUGAGCAACACGUGUGUGUAUGUGCUGCUUUUUUUCCUUCUUGUUUUGUCGGGACUUUCAGGGCGUGGUCACUUUUCCUUUUAUAACUCGUCUCGGGAUCUUGUUUUGCGCCAGUGCACCAAACAAUCUGCCACCAUGUUUCUGCUUGCAGGAGUUGUUGGCUGCCUGCUAACCCUCACGGCGGAGGCCAGAGUCGGGAACUGCUCUAAGAUGCCAUUCCCGACCGAGACGGACCAAUGUCUGAUGUACGACGUCAUCUGCAAAACGGACACGUAUGAGGCGCGCCACUAUGAAGCCGCGAAGUGGGUGUCGACCACGGAGAGCUACUGGUCCAUGGACAUUGCCUGUAUGAGAGCAUUUAUGAGGCUCUACAAGUACAUCAGUGGUGAAAAUGAAAUGGGACAAAAGAUUCAAAUGACGACACCGGUCGUGGUCAAGAUGGGCGAAAAGAAGUGGUUUUGGCAAACGAAAGACUUCACAGUGAGCUUUUUGCUGCCCCGGGAGCACCUGGACGAUCCUCCGCUGCCAAUGGACGAUAGGGUGUUCCUCAGCGAGUCGCCAGCUCAAAACGUGUACGUGCGAAGCUACGGCGGGUGGAUGAACUCGCUGAGCGACUGCCAUGAAAAUGAAGCGCUGAUGUACGACCUGAAGAAGAAUGGCGCGUCGUUCAAAGAAGACUGCCACUGCGGCGUUGGAUAUAACAGCCCCAUGAAAAUCGUCAACAGGCACAACGAGGUGUGGGUGAUGAUCGAGGGCGAGCCGGUGUGUUACAGCAGUGAAGAAAUGGACUGAUGGGUCGGAUUUCAUCGCACCGCCUGCAACAAAAAGCCGUGUUGUAGC